AGAAAACAUUCCUAGGAUUGGAAUGGCUGGAUCAAAUGUAUCCUAGACAGAAUUCUUCCAAGAUGCUGUGCAUGUGCAGACCUUCCCUACUCAUUGGCAGAAAACCUGAAAAAGAAUUUAAAAGGAGUAAUCUGGAGAGGUGAAAGAAGUGUGAACAAUCCAGAUUCCAAAUUAGAAUGGAGACUCCUCGGUAAAGUAGCAGAUGAAGAACUUGAGAAGUGGGCCUAACAUUCUCCUCUUUGCCAACUGAUAGUCUGCUCUGAGAACCACCUGGUGCCAUGGGGAAACGUGAUAAUCGAGUGGCAUAUAUGAAUCCUAUAGCAAUGGCCAGGUGGAGGGGCACAAGUCAAUCUGCAGGCCCAACUAUACAAGAUUAUCUGAAUCGACCAAGACCCACCUGGGAAGAAGUAAAGAAACAAUUAGAGAAUAAAAAGAAAGGCUCCAAGGCAUUGGCUGAAUUUGAAGAAAAAAUGAAUCAGAAUUGGAAGAAAGAACUUGAAAAAAGCCGAGAGAAAGUAUUAGGUGGAAAUGUCAGUUCAUCCAAAAGAAAAGAAAGAAAGAAAAAGAAAAAGAAAAAAUCUUAUCGGUAUACCUCCUCUUCAUCAAGCUCCAAUUCAUCAAGCAGUUCUUCAGAUUCUGAGGAUGAGCCAAAGAAACAAGGUAAAAAGAGAAAGAGAAAGAAGAACCAUUCCCACAAAUCAUCAGAAAGCUCCACUUCUGAAUCAGAAUCUCCAAGCAAGGAACUUCCCCUAAAGAAGAAAAAGACAAAGGAUGAAACGGAAAAAGAAAAAUAUACCAAAAGCUACAGCAAAAAAAGAAAGAAGGCUUGUCCUGAAGAAGAGCCAUCCUCUUCAGAAUCUUCAUUCGAAUCAGAUUAUGAAGAGGAGAUGCAGGCAAAAAAGAAAAGAAAACAUGAUGAGCAAGAAAGAAAAAUGGAAAAGAUAAAGAAGAAAAAAAAGAAACAUCACAAGAAACACAGUAAGAAGAGGAAGAAGAAGAAGUCUAGUUCAAGUCACAAAUCAGUGUAACAUAAAGGAAAACCAAAUAGGCUUUCCGUAUUUAAAAUGAAACAAAAUCUAAAGAAACUUCAACUGUGAAAAUCUAGGUCAUAUUUACCAAAAUGCAUGAGAUUUCCUGUGUUAAUAGAGUUUUUCUGGACUUUAAAUUGCCAGUAAAUUGCCACUGUGCCAGAAAAGGUAUUUGUUGCUUGCAGCUUCUAUAUAGGGUUUUGUUUGUUUAAUGUCUUUCUUUAUGUCUAAUAGUUACUCCUCUGGGAACCAAAACUCAGUUGUCUUACUAGUAUUAAAAUAAAAUGUUUGGAGUUCAAUUAAUAUAUUUUCAAUAAUGAAUAAUUUUAACCAAAAACAUAUCUAGUGUUAAACAUGUAAUUUUUGCAUAUCUUUAAUGUACAGUCAAAUAUAUGUAUUUUUUUCAGAUGUAUGUAAUUUUUGCCUAUCUUUAAAGUACAGAAACAUUCUGACAAUUAGAAUGGACAUUUUGAAGAUAAAACAGCAUUGUUGUUCAAAAUUUAAUUUUGUAGAUAUGUUUGGUUGAUGUUUAUUUUUUUCCAAGAAGUUUUUGUUUACAUUGGGGAAGGGCUCUCAUCAGGGAGUGGGAGGGGGUUUGUUUGCUACUCUAGCUAGCUGAAAAGUGUGCCUUUAAUCCUUACACAUCCUAUUUUUGCCAGUGCAGCAGCCAUUUAUUUCUUACACACUGAAACUAUAGAAUGUUGUUGUGUACUGUAUCAAGACAACAAGAAAACAGUUUACAACAUAAAGUCCCCAAAGCUAUGACAUUUACCUCCUCUUUAGCAUUAUUCAUUUUUUAGUACUAAAUGCUAUUUCACAUUAGAAUACUAAAUGAUUUUAAUUAACUGUUAUUUUUUUUGAAGGAGGAUAAUUGCAAACUGUCUUCGGUUUUGUUUCUUUGUUUUUAUUAAUAAACAUUAUGAUGUUUUACAUACUUCAUUCUGCCAUUAUAAUUAUCCAGUGGUAUUCUUUAUGACAAGUGGUGAUCUUUUUAAAUAUAAUUCAUGGUUAUGAUAUAAAGUUCAAACUUUUCAUUUCUUAAAUUUUGGAUAUUACUUUUAUCUCAUUGGUCUGCUUAAAUUGCACAUGUGCCAGAAUAUUUAGUAUGUAAAUAGAAGGUUUUUAAGAAAUUGUAAUGCCUUCAUAUUGAAGCCGGUUUGCUAUAAGCAAGUUGAGUGCCAGAUUUCUAGUAUGCUGUGUGUUGUGUUACAUAAACAACUGCUAAAAUAUUUGUAUGUAUGUUCAUUAAAUGUUUCUUAUCCUAAGCAUUAGUACUGAAGUGUAAUAGAAGUUAAAUUUCUGUAAUGAUGAUAUCAUUUAUCUUUUUGUGCCUAUAUAUUACUAAGGAUCUGGUGCCUUGUGACUGUUGCUGAGUCAUGUUCACCACUAAUGUUAAAAAUGUGUUAAAAUAUAUUUACUUUACAUUCUAUAUCACAGUAGUGUAAAUUAUAAGUUUAUGUUUCAACAACACUUAUUACAGAAGUUACACUAAUAAUGUCAUGGUACAAGUAUUUUGGCAUGAUGAGAGAGGCUCAUUUUUUUUUUUAUUUCAAAUAGGUGACUGAAUCUCAGAUUCUUUGAAUCAAAAGAAACAUUGUAGAAAACAUCUAGUAAAUAAAUAAUUUGUCACCUCUGCAGAAUGUUGCAGUGGUAAUAUUGGACUCUCUCAAUUUCUUCUUGGAGUAUUGUGUGGUAAUGCCAUGUUAAAUCAUCUUCGAGUUUCAUAAAUACAACUGUUUCUUAAAAUAUAUCUAUAUGUAUAUUGCUUAUAAAAUUAUUGCAUUUAAAGUGUAUUUUGUAUCCAUAUAUAGUUUUUUUCAAGGGUAUUCAGUAAAUGUUUUUAAAGUUAUAUUAUUUGUAGAAUAUGGCAAAAACAUUUAUAGUUUAUCCUAUAGCUCUGUGCUCACAUUCACUUCCCAGGUCUCUGUAGUUAGGAGAUCCCAUCUGACUGCUUACAAUAGAGAAAUUGAGAACAGAAGUGAUGUGUUAAUUCCAUCCUUGAGCAGAAAGAAUUCUAACAUAAUACUUCAGCUGUUUCUUGAACUUCCACCAUAACUAAAAGUAAAGGCCAACUUCCAAGAAGGAUUCAAGCUGUACCUUUAUGUCACACUUUAGAAGGAUUUUGUCCUAGAAAACUGAUGAACUUGCAAUGGACUUUUUGAGAGUAAUAAAUAAAUUAUGUGUUCAGU